AUGAAGCUCUGCAGGCAAGUUUCGAUUGAGAGCCCCGGACCUCCGGGGCAUGAGUGCGUUUUCAGCUUCUCAGUGCCUGUGCCUGAGACACCGCCUGAGGGUUGUCGUGUUCGUGUUGUUUGUGCUGGGGCAUGCUAUCGACCUAGGCGCUCCCUGUCGACAUCUUCGGAGGAAGCUAGCCCUGCCCAUGGGGUACGCGAUAGUGCCCUCUUUGCGGGCUUCGAAGUUGCUGGGGUUGUUGAGUCUGUGGGUGAGAAUGCCGUUGGGGCACCACCCGUGGGUGAGAGAGUUUGCAUUUAUCCGUUCGAUGACCUCCCACAGGGCUAUGCGGAGUUUGUUGCAGUUCCUGAUCCACAGCAUUUGAUUCCACUUCCAUCUGAGGUGUCACUAAGUGUUGCAGCUAUGCUACCUAGUGGGGCGCUACGUGCACUAAGCACCUUCCGGGAAGCACAGAAAACUAAUCCGCGGAAGUUGUUGGUUGUUGGAACAGGGGGUUUAGCUCUCUGGACUGUUCGGAUUGCACAGUGUCUCCAGCCAGAACUUCAGGUUACCGUUGCUAGUCUGCGCGAUGAAGGCUUCCUUUUGGCACAGGCUAGUGGUGUCAAUGUCGUUCAAUGGGAUGAAGAUUUGUAUGAGAAGUAUUUGAUUGAACGCACCGUGGAUGCAUGUAGUGGGCCUGUUGAUGCAGUAAUUGACUACGGAACUACCUCAAGGAGUCUCCAUCGUUCACUACAGUGCUUAUCUGAUGGUGGUGUUGCACUGCUGAGUGAUGAAGUUGCUGAGCGUCUUGUUCCAAAGUUUGCAGCAAAGGCCAAAGAGCACAGGCAACUACUUCAAGCUGUACCCAAAGGUAGUGUUCAGCAGUUGCGUGAAGUUGUGGAUUUAGUGGCUUCGGGGCGUUUGGAACCACCGCCACAUGCUGUUUUUCCCCUCGAUGAGGCACCACAAGUUGUAGCACGCCUGAGCACUUCCGAUAUACCCGGACGGGCAAUCCUGCGUUUCCUAGAUAUCAACUGAGAUGUAUUCUUUUAUCCCAAUAAGUCCCCCAAAAGCUAUUAUAUAUUGAUCUCAUAUUAAAGCCAAUAAAGUGUAGAUAUGUGUUGA